CCCGGGAGGCCGGCCUCUUUCCCCAGUUUGCCGUUCACCCUUAGCGCUCGGGACUUGCUGAUAGUGGUGACGGCGGCAACAUGUCUGUGGCGUUCGCAGCUCCGAGGCAGCGAGGCAAGGGAGAGAUCACUCCCGCGGCUAUUCAGAAGAUGUUGGAUGAAAAUAACCAUCUCAUUCAGUGUAUAAUGGACUAUCAGAAUAAAGGAAAGACCUCAGAAUGUUCUCAGUAUCAGCAGAUGUUGCAUACAAACUUGGUCUACCUUGCUACAAUAGCAGAUUCUAAUCAAAACAUGCAGUCUCUUUUACCAGCACCACCCACACAGAAUAUGCCUAUGGGUCUUGGAGGGAUGAAUCAGAGCGGCCCUCCCCCACCUCCUCGCUCUCACAACAUGUCUUCAGAUGGAAUUGUAGGUGGGGGUCCUCCUGCACCACACAUGCAGAACCAGAUGAACGGCCAGAUGCCUGGACCUAACCAUAUGCCUAUGCAGGGACCUGGACCCAAUCAGCUCAAUAUGACAAAUAGUUCCAUGAAUAUGCCUUCAAGUAGCCAUGGAUCCAUGGGAGGUUAUAACCAUUCCGUACCAUCAUCACAGAGCAUGCCAGUACAGAGUCAGAUGACGAUGAGUCAAGGCCAACCAAUGGGAAACUAUGGCCCCAGACCAAAUAUGAAUAUGCAACCAAACCAAGGUCCAAUGAUGCAUCAGCAGCCUCCAUCUCAGCAGUAUAAUAUGCCCCAGGGAGGUGGGCAACAUUACCAAGGACAGCAGCCACCUAUGGGAAUGAUGGGUCAAGUUCAUCAGGGCAAUCACAUGAUGGGUCAGAGACAGAUCCCUCCUUAUAGGCCACCUCAACAGGGCCCACCACAGCAGUACUCAGGCCAGGAAGACUAUUAUGGGGACCAAUACAGUCAUGGUGGACAAGGUCCUCCAGAAGGCAUGAACCAGCAAUAUUACCCUGAUGGAAAUUCACAAUAUGGCCAACAGCAAGAUGCUUACCAAGGACCACCUCCACAACAGGGCUAUCCUCCCCAGCAACAGCAAUACCCAGGGCAGCAGGGCUAUCCAGGACAGCAACAGGGCUAUGGUCCUUCACAGGGUGGCCCAGGUCCUCAGUACCCCAACUACUCACAGGGACAGGGUCAGCAAUAUGGGGGCUAUAGACCAACACAACCAGGACCACCACAGCCGCCCCAACAGAGGCCUUAUGGAUAUGACCAGGGACAAUAUGGAAAUUACCAGCAGUGAACAAGUGUUUACAUUCCAAUAGCCAGUACUUCUCGGCAGCCAUAUUGUCACCUCAGCACUGUGGACACCUCCCUGUGUGAGACCCUUCCAUUCCAUCUAGUGUUUGCAAAAAAACUGUGGGUAAUUGGCUGUUUCUUCAGUAAGCAGCCUUCAUGGCUUAGUUGUAAGAGGCUUUAGUAGCUCAAAAAUACUCUUAAUUUCACAUUUCUACUCUAGAUGGCAACAUUGGACAGAAAAUACAAUGACAUAACCAAUUUACAGUGAUUUCAGAACUGUUUCAAAUGGACUGUUACAGACUGAAAGGUGUGAACAGCUUUGUAUGUUUAUGAAGGUUAAGGGAAUUUAAUACUUUUCCACAGAUUCUUUUGUAAGGGGAAGAGGGAAAUGUACACUUUUUACAGCAGCAAUAUUUUGUAUAUUAUGUUUAUUUCUUGUGAAUAUGCAAGGCAGUACACUACGCACUGGGCAGAAUCAGAAAUCCUAUGUUAAUUUGCAUUGGAGCGUGGUAGAUGCUUGAUUGUGUUAGUCUCAAAGUGGUGUGCUAUGAAGGUAAAGGUGAGGGAAAACCAAGCGCACCAUAUGUCCACUGUUAGUUUUCUCAGAUAGGACAUUCAAAUCCCUUCUAUCUAGCAGGCCAUCAAGGGCACUGUCUUACCGUUUUCAGUCAAAGGACAUUUUUUUAAAAAGCCUUCCAGUUUUGUGGAUUAAAAUCUUUUUAUAAGGAUCAUUUAUAAUACAGUUUUAAAAUGUGAGGCAAUAAUUUCAUGUUAGAUCUGAAGAAUCUUUGGUAACAGUUUCAUGUAAAUGAAAAUGGUCCUCCUCCCCUAAAAUAGCAAUAACUGAAAGUGGAAGUCUUAAUAUUAUUUUGAGUAAUCAGGGAACUAAGUAAGUAAUAUCAAAAAAUUUUAUAAAUGAUGUCAAAGAAGAGUCAACAUUGAUCUGAUAAUUUUAUUUUUUAACAUUACAAGGAUAAUUGGUUUAUUUAAUUAAAUAGUUCAGGAGACUACAGACCUUCAUUUCAACUUUCUUAACUGGAAAUAAUGCCAUUUAUAAAGGGACACAUUCUGGCUUCUCCCUUUUUUGUUACGUUGGUCCAUAUAAGACAGCUCUGCUGAUGAGAUUGUAUUUUGAUUUGUACUAAAAGCGUAGAGGUUGUAUGCUAGAUCGCCUUGUUUAUUAGCAUGGUGUAGUAAUCAUUAUUGAGACUGCCCUGUGUCUGAUUAUUCUAACUAAAUUCAGGGAUGUUGUGUGAGGCAGGAAAGCAUGCAUGGAGACAUCUUUAAACACAAUUGUUUAGGCAAUAUCUGAAAACAUUUAACCCAAAGGUAAGUUACUAUUUUCAUCACAGUUGCCUAUGUCCAAAGAAUAAUUCUUUAUAAUUGAAAAAAAAAUUUUUUUCCCCCACUUAUAACUGGAAAUAAACAGCAGGAGUACCAUUAAUUUGAAUAAGUGAAACAUACUGUUUUCAACAUACUGUAAUCAAAAGGAGGAAUUUCAGUGUGUGUCUGUGUGUGUAUGUGCGCAUAAGAGAGUUUAUGUAUGUGUUUU